UCUCGGCCACUUCCCUGGGGUUCGUAUCGCGUGCAGGAUUCAUGUUGCAUGGUCCCGGGGCCCGACCACGGGGCCCAGCCGGGACAUCGAGGAGGAACGCCGGGAGGGAACACAUGCCUAUCCUCGGAGAUCUGGGCUCCCUGAGCGCCGACGUGGCAGAAGAGUGCGGCACCGAGAGAUGCCACGACCGGAGCCCUGGACCCACGUGGUUGCUCCGCGGCGUUGCUCGGGCCCCGGGGGCCCGAAGCCGGGCGAGAGAGCGUCCAGCGCGGCAGAGGCCCGCCGCGCCCGCGGAGCUCUCGGGGCCCUGCGCCCGCGGAGCACUCUCCGCUGGCGCCCUCCCCCCGCCCCCGCGCCCGCCCCUGGGCCGCGCUGGCGGCUCUCUGCGGCGCCUCGCUGGCGGCUCGCCGCGCCGACCCCCGCCGGGCCGGGGGGAGGUGGAGCAGGUGAUCGCCAACCUGCAGGAGGGCAAGGCUGGCGAGCGCGGCGAGAAGUACGUCAUCGCCCAGUUCUUCGUGCUGGCCUGCAUCGUGCUCGGCGGGGUGCCCUACGCCCAGGACGCCGUGACGUUUGUAUUCCCCCGGGGAGGCCGGCGCCGCCGCGCUGGCCCGCCGGCAGGGUGUUUUUCGGGAUCGCGUCCUGGGCAGCGCGGGUACCUGGGCCUCCUCGUUUCCAGCCUCGGCCUCUCCAUCGCCACGGGCUCGGCCGCGCGCCUGGUGCUGACCCUUGUGCUGGCCGCGAUCCUGGACCGCAAGGCCACGGAGGAGGAGCGGGCGCUCCGCGCGAAGUUCCCGGAGUACAGCGACUAUUGUGAGAAGGUGCAGGCCAAGAUCUUCCCGUCGCUGGACCAGUUCGCCGAGAGGUACUCGUGAGCGCCUUCGGGUGCCGCUCGGGGCGGGGCGCGGCCCCCGCCGCGGGCCGCUCAGAUCCCCC